AUGGCGGCGGGACCCGGGGCCGCGCUGUCCCCGCGGCCGUGCGACAGCGACCCGGCCACCCCCGGAGCGCGGUCCCCCAAGGAUGACAAUGAAGAUAAUUCCAAUGACGGGACGCAGCCACACAAGAGGCGGCGGACGGGCUCCGGAGACAGCUCCCGGAGCUGCGAGACCUCCAGCCAGGACCUCAGCUUUAGCUACUACCCGGCAGAGAACUUGAUCGAGUACAAGUGGCCGCCCGACGAGACGGGGGAGUACUGCAUGCUGCAGGAGCAGGUCAGCGAGUACCUGGGGGUGACCUCCUUCAAGCGCAAGUACCCAGAUUUAGAGCGCCGGGACCUGUCCCACAAGGAGAAGCUCUACCUGCGAGAGCUCAACGUCAUCACCGAGACGCAGUGCACGCUCGGUUUAACAGCUUUGCGCAGUGAUGAAGUGAUUGACUUAAUGAUUAAAGAAUAUCCGGCAAAACAUGCUGAGUAUUCAGUUAUCCUGCAAGAGAAGGAACGCCAGCGCAUCACGGACCACUACAAAGAGUAUUCUCAAAUGCAGCAGCAGAACACGCAGAAGGUCGAAGCCAGCAAAGUGCCCGAGUACAUUAAGAAAGCCGCCAAGAAAGCCGCCGAGUUCAACAGCAACCUGAACCGGGAGCGCAUGGAGGAGCGGAGGGCGUACUUCGACUUACAGACACACGUCAUCCAGGUGCCUCAGGGGAAGUACAAGGUGUUGCCGACAGAGCGGACCAAGGUCAGCUCCUACCCGGUGGCCCUCAUCCCCGGACAGUUCCAGGAGUAUUACAAAAGGUACUCGCCGGAUGAGCUGCGCUACUUGCCCUUGAACACGGCCCUCUACGAGCCGCCGCUGGACCCGGAGCUCCCCGCGCUGGACAGCGACGGCGACUCGGACGACGCCGAGGACGGGCGCGGCGACGAGAAGCGGAGGAACAAGGGCACCUCGGACAGCUCCUCCGGCAACGUGUCCGAGGGCGAAGGCCUUCCCGACAGCCAGGAGGAGCCUCUCCCGGGGAGACCGCGGCCCAAGGACAAGGCGGCCACCCCGAGGAAGGACGCUGCCAAGCGCUCGGUGCUGCCCAAGUCCGCCCCCGGGUACAAGCCAAAGGUCAUUCCCAAUGCUCUAUGUGGAAUUUGUCUGAAGGGUAAGGAGUCCAACAAGAAAGGGAAGGCUGAACCUCUAAUACACUGCUCCCAGUGUGAGAACAGUGGCCAUCCUUCUUGCCUGGAUAUGACCAUGGAGCUUGUUUCUAUGAUUAAGACCUAUCCCUGGCAGUGUAUGGAGUGUAAGACUUGCAUUAUAUGUGGACAGCCCCACCAUGAAGAGGAAAUGAUGUUCUGUGAUGUGUGUGACCGAGGCUACCACACGUUUUGUGUGGGCCUGAGUGCUAUCCCAUCAGGUCGCUGGAUCUGUGACUGUUGUCAGCGAGCUCCCCCAACGCCCCGGAAAGUGGGCCGAAGGGGGAAAAACAGCAAAGAGGGAUAA